AGGAACAGCUGAAAAAGAACAACAAAGCCACGAAGACGACGACGACGGCUCUAACAACAGAUGUACGCCUAAAAUAUACCAAAUAUAUCGGUGACAUCAUCGCUGGAGGAGACAUCGUGUACCCUUAAAGCCAAAUUUGAAAAGCCUCACUUCUUCACUCCCAGAAAAUUGAACAAUGGGACGCAUCUUCUUGGACCACAUUGGUGGGACACGCCUCUUCUCCUGUGCCAACUGUGACACCAUUUUGACCAACCGGUCUGAGCUUAUCUCCACACGUUUCACAGGAGCCACGGGCAGAGCUUUCCUCUUCAACAAGGUAGUGAACCUACAGUAUAGCGAAGUGCAGGACAGAGUGAUGCUUACCGGCAGGCACAUGGUGAGAGACGUCAGCUGCAAGAACUGCAACAGCAAGCUCGGCUGGAUCUACGAGUUUGCUACCGAGGACAGUCAGAGGUACAAAGAGGGACGUGUAAUCCUGGAGAGGGCGCUAGUUAGAGAGAGUGAGGGCUUUGAGGAGCAUGUCCCCUCAGACAACUCAUGAGCCCCUAACCUUGGAUUAACUUGUGUGGGAAAGCUCACUCCCGAGUCCUCCUUUCCCUCUCCUUUACCUCCCCCCCCUCUGCCUCUGCGCUGCACACCACCAUUUGCAGAUUUAGUGGUCUGUGAAGUUUUGGCUUCACCCUCUUACCCCACCCCAGUCUCUGGCCUCUGACCUUAGACCUCUGCUGAUAUGAAGAUUGAAUUUGCUGGAUCUAUUCUUGCUGAAUAGGCUCCCAAAAAAAAUACGUCCUGAUUUAUGUGUCACAGGGCGCCCCCUCCCCAUAACAGCUGGGGAGUUGUAACUUCACUUGUUUAAGUGUUUGUGCACGGUCACACAGAAUUUUCACCACCACUGCAUAAGGCAUGCUCCACACCUUUUCCAUAUGGUAACUUAAUACAUGCAUGAUAACAGUCACAGUUAGUCACGUAACAAAAUGCAUCACUUGGUUGUUCUAUUUAUUUAGAUAACUGAAGGCAGUAGAGCUGAUUGUGUUCAUCCUCCAGACAUGGGUAAAACAACCGGCACCACUCUACACAGCAAUGUUUAAUGAACCAAUGGAGGUGUCACUCUACAUAUGGCUUCCUUGGCUCUUGUGCUUCUGUGUUGUGAACUUUGUCCCACUGUACUUGUCACCGGUGAGCACUGAAUGCAUUUAAGACCAUGAUAGUUGUUAUUUCUGUAUCAGUUACCUUUUCUUAGCCGGUAGUGUUAUUAAUGUAAUAGUGUUUAAAAUCUACAUUCUCAAUAUAUGGAACGCACAGAUUGAUGUCAUAUUUAAGUAUUCAUUGUAGUGUUUGACAGUGGUAGGGAUUUUUAUUUAGAUCUGCCUCACAUGAUGUGCAAUUAUUUUGAGUGAUGUGACAUUCUUGAAAUGUACACAGUGUCCCUCUGAUACAGUUCAUAGUGUGGAAGUGAUCUGCUGUACAGUAGACAAUCGUACAAUCGAUCCUACAAUUUAAUUCAGUUCUACCACUCUCCAUCUGUUACCAUGGAUUCUGUGCCUGUGUGGUGUGCCGUGUGAAGAGCAACAUGUCACGAUGGUGACUUAUCAGGAGCGUGUACCUUCCAGCCGCAUGUCUUCAGUAUGAGGGAGGAGGAAUAUGUCUGAGACGUGAUGGAGACAUUCUCUGUCUGUGUUUAAGGAUAGGAUUAUGAGAGGAUGGGUCAAUCAAGCGUUUGAAAUUAGCAGGAUGGAAGAGAUAACGGAGCCUCUGAAGGAAUAACUAAAACCACAACACUAAAGACAGUUAAUAGUCUUAUCUGUAACACAGAGCAGUGCUGGAAAUGACAAACCAAAAAUAUAUUUCAAUCCUGCUGGAGUCUGAUUUUUAGGCCUGUAUGCAUUUGAACAGUUGCAGAGCGCUGGUGACCCAUCCUCUCUUUAUAAUCCAAGGCUAAGGGCACAUUUGGUCAUUAGAUGGCCUGUUUCUUACAAGACAAAGCCAAACAAGCUUGGUGUCAUCCUCUGAUUAGGCCACAGACAUUUUAAGUGUCCUGUGAAGAGUUCAAUAAAAAUGUCAAAUUGUUAAAAAAAAAAAAAAAA